AUGAAGCAUUUGCACGAGAUUGUCUGGAAAAACAUCGACAUCCCUCAGUUCUACCGUUUCCCGGCCCUCCUUUUCCUCCAACCUCUGCUAAAGGAGGCGCGAAGGGUGUCUGCGAUAAACUUGCAGUAUAUGGACAUCAGUGCCAACAUUUUAAAUGAUAUGUCCUUUAGCAACAUGAUGUGCUAUGGCGAGGGCGGCCUUUGGAGUCUGCGAACCAUCAAUAUCAGCAGAAAUUACCUCAGGUCAAUCAACAGCAAGCUCUUCACCAAUUUGCCGAUGAGUUUACAAGUCCUUGAUCUGUCAGAUAAUGCCUUGACCGUGUUCAACGUCACGCUACCUUCUCUCACAGAGUUAUACAUCUCUGGCAACAAGCUCAGCACUUUGCCAGAAGGCCGUUUACAUCCUCAUCUUACAUUUCUCUCCAUCAAAAACAACAAUUUACAGACGCUUAGCAGUAAAAAUCUAAAUAAUUAUAAUGAUCUGAGUCUAGAGGCUGGCACUGACACAUAUGUCUGUUCAUGUGACUUUGUAGCAUUCAUGACACGUGACCUGAUGUAUCACAGAGUCACAAUUGGAGAUAAAUCCAAGUCGUACAUCUGUGACUCCCCUGACUCCGUGAGAGGAAAGAGCGUGGAGGACGCGAGGUUGUCAGUGUUUGAGUGCCACACAGCUAUAGCGUUUUCUUUACUCUGUUUAGGCAUCCUCGCAGUAUUUCUGCUCGUUGCAGGCUUGUGUCACAAAUUCAGCUUUUUGUGGUACAUCAAGAUGACUUGGGCCUGGGUGAGAGCUAAGAGGAAGCCAAAGUUAAAAAAGGGAGAGCUUGAGUAUGAUGCCUUUGUGUCCUACAGUGAAAUGGACUCUGGUUGGGUGGAAGCAUAUCUGGUCCCAGAGCUGGAGCAGGGCCGUCCUCCUCUGCAGCUCUGCCUCCACAAGAGAGACUUUAUACCCGGAGGCUGGAUCUUGGACAACAUCAUAGACGCCAUAGAGAAGAGUCACAAAACCCUGUUUGUCCUUUCUGAGCAUUUUGUUAGGAGUGAAUGGUGCAAAUACGAGCUGGAUUACACCCAUUUUAGACUGUUUGACCAAAACGACGACGCAGUCGUGCUGAUUCUGUUGGAGUCCAUCGACACAGAGACGAUCCCCAAAAAGUUCUGCAAGCUGCGAAGAUUCAUGAACUCCAGGACGUACCUGAAGUGGUCUGAUGAUGACAACCAGAUCCCCAGGUUUUGGAAAAAUUUGAGAACAGCUAUCAAAAGACCUGGAACUGAUGAUGGAAACUAUGUAAAUGGCAUUGAGGACUUACAGUUGCAGGAAUUUUAA